GCUGAACACGGUGGUGGUGGAGGAUCCGAGUGUCUGAGAAACCCCAAGAAGAAUAAAACACCGCAGACAUGGCAGAAGCGUCGCAGUCAGUAAAACCCAAAACCUCCCCAAAGUCUAUCAAGUUCCUGUUCGGAGGCUUGGCUGGGAUGGCGGCUACGGUGUUUGUUCAGCCGUUGGACCUGGUGAAGAACAGGAUGCAGUUGAGCGGUCAGGGUUCAAAGGCUCGUGAAUAUAAGACGAGUCUGCACGCUGUGGCCAGCAUCCUGCGCAACGAAGGAAUCCGGGGCAUUUACACAGGUCUCUCGGCCGGUCUCCUCAGGCAGGCGACCUACACCACCACUCGUUUGGGGAUUUACACAAUUCUGUUCGAGAAACUGACAAAAGCAGACGGGACUCCUCCGAAUUUCUUAAUGAAGGCGCUGAUCGGAAUGACGGCCGGAGCAACGGGAGCGUUCGUCGGCACUCCGGCUGAGGUGGCGCUCAUCCGCAUGACCGCAGAUGGACGUCUUCCCCUUGAUCAGAGGAGGGGUUACACAAAUGUCUUUAAUGCCCUCAUCCGGAUCACCAGGGAGGAAGGGCUCACAACAUUGUGGAGGGGCUGUAUACCCACCAUGGCCAGGGCAGUGGUAGUGAAUGCAGCACAGCUGGCUUCUUAUUCACAAUCUAAACAGGCUCUGCUGGACACAGGUUAUUUCUCCGAUGAUAUCCUGUGUCAUUUCUGUGCCAGUAUGAUCAGCGGGCUCGUCACCACAGCCGCCUCCAUGCCAGUCGACAUCGCUAAAACCAGGAUCCAGAACAUGCGCAUGAUCGACGGCAAGCCAGAGUACAAGAACGGACUCGACGUGCUGGUGAAGGUGGUGAGGAACGAGGGCUUCUUCAGCCUGUGGAAGGGUUUCACGCCGUACUACGCCCGGCUCGGCCCACACACCGUCCUCACCUUCAUCUUCCUCGAGCAGAUGAACAAGUUCUACAAGAUCUACUUCCUGGACUCGUAGAGUCUUAACGGGAACCCGAGCAGCUCGGGUCGGUCGAGGUUCUGAGCCGUUCUCGGGGGUCUGUGUGUGUGUGUUCGUGUGUGUGUGUGUUCGUGUGUGUGUGUGUUCGUGUGUGUGUGUGUUCGUGUGUUCUAACACGCCCUCCUUGACUUCCGCUGACUUUCCCCUGCUAGGAAAGUAAAGUUGUGUCGAUCUCUCACACUGUAACGUAACGGUUCUGAAGACGAAGGGGAAGUCAGCAAGGGCGUGUUUGAAAGGGCAUUUGGGACACAGCCUCUAGUCUUACUCUCCCACCGAUCUUCUCAUCAUCAGCUGUGUGUCCUGUUCUUUCACACGCCGACCCUGAGAGACUCGGCUCAGAACCCUGCGCCGUUUAUCGGACUUUCAGUACAACCUAUACGAAGAAGAAAAAGUUCCUGUCUUGUACAUGAAGCUACUCGUCGACACAUUUCUCAUUUUAUUUUCUGCUCCUAAAUUAAAGACUGAA